AGUGUAGGAAAUAACAAGGUGCCUGCGAGGAUGGGAACAGUGCAUCCUUUAUGUGUCCUGCAAUGCUAGCUGCAGCCAUUGGGGUCUGCGGUGAAGGAGAAGCUGCAGAGGACAAGCAUCUCAUGCCUGUGUAAUGAGCACUACCUACCAGGAAGGAGCGGAUCUGCAGACUUCAUUUCCUCCACUGACCUCUAGUUUGCAUCACUAAGUGUUGUCAGUCAUCUCUCCAUUUACUGUACCUGUCACCCAGCUGACUGCCAACCCUGCAGAAGACAUGGCCAGCCAGCAGGAUUCCGGCUUCUUUGAAAUCAGCAUCAAAUAUUUAUUGAAAUCCUGGAGCAAUACUUCUCCUGUUGGCAACGGCUAUAUCAAACCGCCAGUGCAACCAGUUUCAAGCACGCAAAGAGAAAAAGGACCACCAAGCAUGUUGCCUAUUAACAUCGACCCAGACAGCAAACCUGGUGAAUAUAUACUCAAGAGCUUAUUUGCAAAUUUUACAACACAAGCAGAAAGGAAGAUCCGGAUUAUAAUGGCAGAGCCACUGGAGAAGCCAUUAACAAAAUCACUUCAGAGGGGGGAGGAUCCACAGUUUGAUCAAGUAAUUAGCUCAAUGAGCUCCUUGUCAGAUUACUGUUUGCCAUCCAUAUUGCGCACUUUAUUUGACUGGUAUAAGAGACAGAAUGGAAUUGAAGACGAGUCUCAUGAAUACAGACCAAGAACAAACACAAAAUCUAAAAGUGAUGAACAGCAAAAAGAUUACUUGAUGGAACGAAGAGACCUCGCAAUUGAUUUUAUUUUUUCAUUAGUAUUAAUAGAAGUUUUAAAGCAGAUUCCUUUACAUCCAGUAAUAGACUGUUUGGUUCAUGAAGUCAUCACAUUGGCUUUCAAGCACUUUAAAUAUAAGGAAGGGUACCUUGGUCCGAACACUGGAAACAUGCAUAUUGUGGCAGAUCUGUAUGCUGAAGUCAUAGGUAUAUUAGCACAAUCCAAAUUUCCUGCUGUUAAAAAGAAAUUCAUGGCAGAACUGAAAGAACUGCGACAUAAAGAACAAAACCCAUAUGUUGUUCAAAGUAUUAUCAGUCUUAUAAUGGGAAUGAAAUUCUUCCGCAUUAAAAUGUAUCCUGUUGAGGACUUUGAAGCAUCUUUACAGUUUAUGCAGGAAUGUGCACAUUAUUUCAUAGAAGUGAAAGAUAAAGAUAUUAAGCAUGCCUUGGCUGGACUUUUUGUGGAGAUCCUUGUACCAGUUGCUGCGGCGGUUAAGAAUGAAGUGAAUGUCCCUUGUCUGAGGAACUUUGUUGAGAGUCUUUAUGACACAACACUUGAGCUGUCCUCCCGGAAAAAGCAUUCAUUGGCGUUAUACCCUUUGGUAACCUGCUUACUCUGCGUCAGUCAGAAACAAUUUUUCUUAAACAGAUGGCAAAUUUUCCUCAACAACUGUUUGUCAAACCUCAAAAAUAAGGACCCCAAAAUGGCUCGUGUUGCACUGGAAUCUUUGUACAGACUUCUGUGGGUUUAUAUGAUUCGAAUAAAAUGUGAAAGCAAUACUGCUACUCAGAGCCGUCUCACAACCAUUAUUGGGACACUUUUCCCCAAAGGUUCCCGUGGUGUGGUGCCACGCGAUAUGCCCCUCAACAUCUUUGUUAAGAUCAUUCAAUUUAUUGCACAGGAACGACUGGAUUUUGCUAUGAAAGAAAUUAUAUUUGACCUUUUAUGUGUUGGAAAACCAGCAAAGGCUUUCAGUUUAAACCCAGAGAGAAUGAAUAUUGGCUUAAGGGCAUUUUUAGUUAUUGCUGAUAGCUUACAACAAAAGGAUGGCGAACCCCCUAUGCCUGUGACUGGAGCCAUUCACCCCUCUGGUAACACACUGAGAGUAAAGAAAACCUACUUAAGUAAAACACUGACUGAGGAGGAAGCUAAAAUGAUUGGCAUGUCUUUAUAUUACUCCCAAGUCCGAAAAGCUGUAGACAACAUUCUGAGGCACCUUGAUAAAGAAGUGGGCAGAUGUAUGAUGAUGACGAAUGUUCAGAUGUUAAACAAGGAGCCUGAAGACAUGAUCACUGGAGAAAGGAAACCAAAAAUUGACCUCUUUAGGACAUGUGUAGCUGCAAUACCUCGGCUACUUCCGGAAGGGAUGUCAAAACCUGAACUUAUUGACUUACUUUCAAGACUUUCCAUUCACAUGGACGAUGAACUAAGACAUAUUGCACAGAAUUCACUUCAAGGUCUCCUUGUUGAUUUUGUUGAUUGGAGGGAAGAUGUGUUAUUUGGUUUUAUUAAUUUUCUGUUACGUGAGGUGAAUGAUACACACCAGACACUACUGGAUACAUCGCUUAAAUUAUUACUGCAGUUGCUUACUCAGUGGAAACUUGUAAUACAAACGCCAGGGAAAGCUCAUGAACAGUCCAAACUAAGAACCUCAGAGUUAAUACCAAAUGGCUCUAGCCAUAGAAUGCACUCUGACCGAGGUCCUUAUUCCAAUGUUUUGCACGCUGUAGAAGGAUUUGCACUAUUGCUACUAUGUAGUUUUCAAGUUGCUACUCGGAAAGUAGCUGUUUUAAUCCUGAAAGAAGUCCGGGCAUUAUAUAUUGCCCUUGGUCAAGCAGAGGAGGAUGACAAACCCAUGAUUGAUAUUUUGGAUCAGCUUAGCCCCUCCAUUCUUGAAAGUUUUAUUCAUGUUGCUGUAUCUGACGCAAUUUCAUUACCGUUCACUCACAAUGUUGACCUGCAGUGGCUAGUGGAGUGGAAUGCUGUGCUCGUAAACAGUCAUUAUGAUGUAAAGAGUCCUUCUCAUGUUUGGAUAUUUGCUCAGUCUGUUAAAGAUCCCUGGGUUCUCUGUUUAUUCUCUUUCCUGCGGCAAGAGAACUUGCCAAAGCUUUGUCCAACAGCUCUCAGCUACGCGUGGCCAUAUGCAUUUACCAGGCUACAACUACUAAUGCCCUUAGUGGAUCCCAAUAGCCCCAUCAAUGCAAAGAAAACCAGCACAGCAAGUAGUGGAGACAAUUAUGUCACUCUCUGGAGGAAUUAUCUAAUUCUUUGUUUCGGUGUUGCAAAACCAAGUAUCAUGAGUCCUGGGCACUUAAGGGCAUCCACUCCUGAAAUUAUGGCGACCACUCCUGAUGGUUCUAUCAGCUAUGAUAACAAGGUUAUAGGAACACCUUCUAUUGGAGUUCUGCUAAAACAGCUGGUGCCUUUAAUGAGACUUGAGAGCAUUGAAAUCACUGAAUCACUUGUUUUAGGAUUUGGAAGAACAAAUGCUUUGGUUUUCAGAGAACUUGUGGAAGAGCUUCAUCCUCUAAUGAAGGAAGCGCUGGAACGCAGACCAGAGAAUAAAAAACGUCGGGAGCGGAGAGAUCUGCUGAGGCUGCAGUUGUUGCGAAUAUUUGAGUUAUUGGCCGAUGCUGGAGUUAUAAGUGACAACACCAAUGGAGCCUUGGAACGAGACACGUUGGCACUGGGAGCCUUGUUCUUGGAAUAUGUGGAUCUUACUCGAAUGCUUCUCGAAGCUGAAAAUGACAAGGAAGUUGAAAUCCUCAAAGACAUCAGAGCUCAUUUCAGUGCAAUGAUCGCCAAUCUGAUUCAGUGUGUUCCAGUGCACCAUAGGAGAUUCCUCUUCCCUCAGCAGAGUUUAAGGCACCAUCUUUUCAUCCUCUUCAGUCAGUGGGCUGGACCUUUCAGCAUCAUGUUUACCCCUCUAGAUCGCUACAGUGAUCGGAAUCAUCAGAUAACAAGAUAUCAGUACUGUGCAUUAAAGGCAAUGUCAGCAGUACUGUGUUGUGGACCUGUUUUUGACAAUGUUGGCCUCUCACCAGAUGGCUACCUUUACAAAUGGCUUGAUAACAUUCUAGCCUGCCAGGACUUAAGGGUUCACCAGCUUGGCUGUGAAGUGGUUGUUUUGCUGCUUGAACUGAAUCCUGACCAAGUAAAUCUCUUUAACUGGGCCAUUGAUCGAUGCUACACUGGAUCAUACCAACUUGCUUCUGGGUGCUUUAAAGCUAUUGCAACCGUGUGUGGAAACCGGAAUUAUCCAUUCGACAUUGUGACGCUUUUGAAUCUGGUACUUUUCAAAGCAUCUGACACCAGCAGAGAGAUAUAUGAAAUUUCAGUUCAGCUAAUGCAAGUUCUAGAAGGAAAGCUUUUUGUAUACUCCAAAAAAGUAGCUGAACAGAAGCCCGGCAGCAUUCUUUAUGGAACACAUAGUGUGCUGCCUGCCCUGUACAGUGUGUCAGUAGUGCUACUUUCCAAUGAGUUGGCCCGGUUGUAUCCAGAGCUCACGCUUCCUCUAUUUUCAGAAGUAAGUCAAAGAUUUCCAAAAACACACUCAAAUGGGCGCCAGAUCAUGCUGACCUACUUGUUACCAUGGCUACAUAAUAUUGAACUUGUGGACAGCAGACUUCUCCUCCCAGACUCCAGCCCAAGCACCCCUGAAGAGGAAGUCAGUGAUAAGGAAGGUGAUGUGAGCGGUGUAUGCGGUUUAAAAGGAAAUGGUUGGGGAUCGCCUGACGCAACAUCGCUAGUGCUUAACAAUCUCAUGUAUAUGACUGCAAAAUACGGAGAUGAAGUUCCUGGCCAGGAAGUAGAAAAUGCUUGGAAUGCGUUGGCCAACAAUGAGAAAUGGAGCAACAAUUUAAGGAUAACUUUGCAAUUUCUAAUUAGCUUGUGUGGCGUCAGCAGUGAUACUAGUCUACUGCCUUAUAUCAAAAAAGUUGCAAUAUACUUGUGCCGCAAUAACACUAUACAGACAAUGGAAGAACUUCUCUUUGAGCUACAGCAGACUGAUCCGGUGAACCCCAUAGUGCAGCACUGUGAUAACCCUCCCUUCUAUCGCUUUGCUGCGAGCAACAAGGCCUCUGCUGCUCCGUCUGGAACAACAUCAAGCAGUAAUACUGUCGUAGCUGGUCAGGAUGGUUUUCCUGACAUUGAAGAGAGCAGAAUUGUUAAAGACACAGAAGAAAGGUUUAGUAAUGUAAUCAGAGCUCACACACGGCUAGAGUCCAGAUACAGUAACAGCUCUGGAGGGUCAUAUGAUGACGAUAAAAAUGACCCGGUCUCUCCUUACAUCAGUUGGUUGCUGAAUAUUGUGGAAACUAAUCAGCCUCAGCCCCUGCCAAUGCCUUGCAAUGGAGGAUGUUGGGCACCACUUGUUGACUAUCUCCCAGAAACCAUUACACCACGUGGGCCUCUUCAUAGGUGCAAUAUUGCCGUCAUAUUUAUGGCAGAAAUGGUGGUGGAUCACAGUGUCAGAGAAGACUGGGCCCUUCACUUGCCCCUUUUGCUCCAUGCUCUGUUCUUAGGGCUCGACCAUUAUCGUCCUGAGGUUUUUGAACACAGCAGAAAGCUUCUUCUCCACCUCUUGAUCGCAUUAUCUUGCAACAGCAAUUUUUCAUCCAUAGCUUCAGUCCUUCUGCAGGCCAGAGAGAUGAAUGAAACUAAAACCCUGACCGUGCAGUCAUCUUGCCCAUCGGAAUACACUUAUACUGGUGGCUUUGACUUUCUCCGGGAGUAUCAGUCGUCUCCAGUGCCCGACUCUGGUCUAAGCUCCAGUUCUACCUCCUCCAGUAUCAGUCUGGGAGGAAGCAAUGGGAACAUCCCCCAGAUCAGCCAAGAGAUUGAGGAUGUUGACACAUCAGCCGAGACAGACGAAAAAGCAAACAAGUUAAUUGAGUUUCUGACCACCAGAGCAUUUGGGCCACUUUGGUGUCAUGAAGAGAUCACACCCAAGAAUCAGAACUCCAAGAGUGCCGAUCAACUUACUAACUUCUUGCGGCAUGUAGUGUCUGUGUUUAAGGAUUCUAAGUCUGGUUUCCACUUGGAGCAGCACCUGAGUGAAGUAGCAUUACAAACGGCUCUAGCCAGCUCCUCCAGACACUACGCUGGGCGAUCUUUCCAAAUUCUUAGGGCUCUAAAGCAGCCACUGUCAGCCCAUGCUUUGUCUGACCUUCUUUCAAGAUUGGUAGAAGUUAUUGGCGAAUAUGGUGAUGAAAUACAGGGUUACGUUAUGGAAGUUUUACUAACGCUGGAAGCAGCAGUGGAUAACUUAGCAGACUGCUUGAAAAACAGUGAUCUUCUGACUGUUUUAUCUCGUUCAUCUUCUCCUGAUCUUACAUCAAAUACAAAGCUAACUGCAAACCGGAAAAGUACAGGGCAGCUAAACAUUAAUUCUGGAGUCAUAAGUGGAAAUACUUCAACAGCUGAGCGAAGUAGACAUCAAAGGAGCUUUUCUGUCCCCAAAAAGUUUGGUGUAUCGGACAAAUCCUCUGAUCCCCCACGAAGUGCUACCUUAGACAGAAUUCAGGCUUGCACACAGCAGGGGUUUUCUCCGAAAACCAGGAGUUCAUCUUCACUCAAAGAUAACGUCAAUGAUCCAUCUCAUUUUAACAAUCCAACCAAUUUGUUGUCCACAAUAUUUUGGGUCGCUGUAGCCUUGAUGGAAUCCGAUUUUGAAUUUGAAUAUUUCAUGGCUUUGAGGCUCCUGAACAAGCUUUUGUCUCAUUUACCAUUGGACAAAUCUGAGAACAGAGAGAAGCUUGAGAAGUUGCAAGGACAGCUGAAGUGGCCAGACUUUUCUGGGUUGCAGCAGUUAUUGCUUAAAGGAUUCACCUCCCUUACUACAACCGACUUAACUCUUCAUCUCUUCAGUACACUCACUCCAGUAUCACGAGUUUCCAUGGUGGAUUCCUCACAAAUUAUAGGGUUCCCUCUGAAUGUUUUAUGUUUGCUGCCUCAUUUGAUCCAACAUUUCGACAGUCCAAACCAUUUUUGUAAAGAAAUAGCAGAAAGAAUUGCCCAGGUUUGCCUGGAGGAAAAGAACCCAAAACUGUCCAAUCUGGCCCAUGUAAUGACCCUCUAUAAAACACACAGUUACACAAGAGACUGUGCCACCUGGGUGAAUGUGGUUUGCCGGUACCUACAUGAAGCAUUUACUGACCUUACCCUAAACAUGGUCACUUACCUAGCUGAGUUACUUGAAAAAGGACUCCCAAGUAUGCAGCAGUCAUUAUUACAAAUAAUUUAUAGUCUUCUAAGCCAUAUGGACAUGUCGGUCAUUCCUGGAAAACAGUUCAACAUGGAAGUUUUAAAGACUAUAGAAAAAUAUGUACAGAGCAUACACUGGAAGGAAGCACUUAACAUUCUGAAAUUGGUUGUUUCCCGAUCUGCAAGCCUUGUGUUACCAGCAUAUCAACAUGGGGAUUUGACAAAACUGGAAAUUAGUCGUUUGUGGACAAGUUGCUCCAAAGAGCUUCCUGGUAAAACACUUGACUUUGACUUCGACGUUUCACAGACCCCUAUUAUAGGCCGAAGGUUUGACGACUUGCAGAACUCUUCAGGACGAGAUGGUAAACAUAGAGCCAUGCCUGUUACACGAAGCACAUCUUCCACUUCCUCAGGAUCAAAUUCCAAUGCCUUAGUCCCCGUUAGCUGGAAACGGCCUCAAUCAUCUCAGAAAAAAACUCGAGAGAAAUUAGUGAAUGUUCUUACAUUGUGUGGCCAAGAGGUGGGACUCAGCAAAAACCCCUCGGUCAUUUUUUCUUCAUGUGGUGACUUGGACUUGAUUGAGCACCAGGCCAGCUUGGUGUCCUCAGAAGACACCAUUAGAGAACAGGACUUCAUGGAUGACACAAACAGUGAGCAACAGUUUAGAGUCUUCAGGGACUUUGAUUUCCUGGAUGUGGAACUGGAGGAUGGAGAGGGGGAAAGUAUGGACAAUUUCAACUGGGGAGUACGCAGACGUUCACUCGACAGCCUGGAUAAGUGUGAUAUGCAGCUACUGGAGGAAAGCCAGCUCUCAGGAAGUACACACAGUCUGAAUAAACUGAACCAGGAUGAUUCUGAUGAAUCCUCAGAGGAGGAAGAUCUCACCACCAGCCAAAUCCUGGAGUCCUCUGAUUUAAUCAUAAACCUUUCUCCUUCUGAAGAAAUAAAUCACAUGGAUUCUCCUUCCACAUCAUGUGACACCACUUCUGCUGAUCCCCAUUCCCUUAACACAAGAACCUCUAGUUUUGAUGCCUCUUUGCCUGAAAUAACUAAUCCACUGUUAUCUGAAGAUGCUAAGGUGGACACUGCGCUUGAUGAGGAUGACGCAACUGUACAAGAGGAUGACCUCUCAAUGAGUGAAAUGCCUGUGGUAUUUGAGUGCAAUGACGGCUAUAGUCUGGAGAUAGCUGACGACGACAAAGAUCACCAAAUGCUUGAGCAAUACGCUCUCACAAACUUUGGGGAAGGUGACCAGAUAAUGCCACCUCCUCCGUCGCCUUUCUUUUCUGCCAUUCUGGCCGCUUUUCAGCCAACUGCAUGUGAUGACGCAGAAGAAGCUUGGCGAAGUCAUCUCAAUCAGCUCAUGUCAGAUUCUGAUGGGUCCUGCGCAGUUUACACAUUUCAUGUGUUCUCUUCCUUGUUUAAGAGCAUACAGAAGAGGUUCUGCUUCCUGACAUGUGAUGCAGCAUGUUACCUUGGCGACAGCCUUCGUGGUAUUGGCUCCAAAUUUGUGAGCACGUCACAGAUGCUCACGUUGUGUUCCGAAUGCCCUACUCUCUUUGUAGAUGCUGAAACUUUAUUAUCAUGUGGACUUCUUGAAAAGUUAAAAUUCAGUGUUUUGGAACUACAAGAAUAUCUGGACACUUACAACAACAGAAAAGAAGCAACAGUAUCGUGGUUAAAAAAUUGUAAAUCAACAUUUGCUGGAGGCUCAAAAGAUGGAGUUAUCACUUGUCAGCCUGGGGACUCUGAAGAAAAACAAUUGGAACUGUGCCAGAGACUGUAUAAGCUUCACUUCCAGCUGUUGCUGCUUUUUCAGUCAUAUUGUAAACUAAUUGGACAAGUGCAUGAAGUCAGCUCCAUGCCAGAGUUACUCAAUAUGUCAAGAGAAUUAAAUGAACUGAAGAAGAAUCUUAAAGAGGCAACAGUAUAUAUAGCUGCUGAGUCUCUUACGGACACGUCUUAUGAGCCCACAUUUAGCUCCACAGAGUUUGCCAUUCAGUCAAUGCUGGAGUGCUUGAAGAACAAUGAACUUGGGAAGGCGUUGCGGCAAAUACGUGAAUGCAGGAAGCUGUGGCCUAAUGACAUAUUCGGGAGCAGUUCCGAUGAUGAGGUCCAGACACUACUGAACAUUUACUUCCGACAUCAAACACUGGGACAGACUGGUACAUAUGCACUUGUAGGCUCCAAUCAAAACCUGACUGAAAUCUGCACCAAGCUGAUGGACCUCAACAUGGAAAUUCGUGACAUGAUUCGAAGGGCUCAAAAUUACCGUGUGAUCUCAACUUUCCUUCCUGAUUCCAAUGUUUCUGGCACUAGCCUCUGACAGGAAGCCAGAUUUUGUCCAUCCCAUUAAAUUGGAAGUGCUGUCUUGUUGGUGUAAAGUUAUUGAAUAUCUACACAAUAUUAGGAAGAUUCGGGCAAGCUGUUAUUCCCGUGAACUUAAAGACUUUCUGUGAAAUAAAGCAGACAGAUCUUCAAAUCUGUAGCAAUACUGUAAAAAUAAAGCUUUAGCAGUAGGACAACAGAGACAAUCUUAUUAACGCUAGGAAUACGCUUAACUACACACUACUGAAGAACAGACUUCCAUUGCAUACCAAAGCCUACUAUACUGAAUAAUACUUCCUUUAUAGAAACCAUAAUUUUAGGAUGGCAAAUGUGCAAUGUUUCCUUCACAAAUGAAAAUCUAUUUUUUUUUAUCUUAAAAAACUUUUUAUCAUUUUCUUUAAAUUCUUUUCUGGAUGAACAGUCAACAGGCAGAAUGAGGCUGGCCACAAAAGGUUGCAAAAUGUCAAUAGCUGAGAGCCUGUAUAUAUGAAGGACAAUUUUUAUGGAACUGUAAUUACCUUGUACACUGUAAUUUAAGAAUGAUUACUGUACCUUACGCUGCUAAGAAUUACAUUUCCUAGAGUUGCUAGACUGCUGUUCCUAUGGUACGGGAUGAUAUAACUAUAGACUGUUAGAGGAUUCCACGUACCCAGGAGGGUUUAAGUAAUUUUUAUUUUGUAAAGAACCAGGCUGCUUUUUAUUAGAGGGUUGCUUUUAUGAUUAUAUUUAUAUAAAUGAAAAAGAAGGCUGAAAUGACUUAACUACCAUUCCGAACGUGGAAGUUUGAAGAAUGACUUCAUCUUUUUCAUUGACCACGCAUGCAUAUUUUUAUUUAAUGUAUAUUUGGUUUACAAAAAAGUCUAAAUGUUACAACAAAGUUAAAGUUUCUUUUAAAGUGAAAUAGAAAUUUGUUUUAUUUUAUGCAUAUAUAUAUAUUUAUAUGUAUAUUAGUACAUGCGUACGCCUUUUUCCCCAAAUCUUCUGCUGUCAAGUGUGAAUUGCAUGUAAUUCUGUUUGCACAUCUGAGGCACUUUUGUUUAUGCAUAGUCUAACUUAUUCAUAUUCUGUACAUAUACUUGCAGUUUUGUGAUGUUAUCAAGAUUUCUUUUUUUUUUUGUUUUUUUUUGUUAAGCACAUUCAAGUGAAAUACAUGAUAAAGUUAUUCAGUCAAAUAA